UUGCAUCCAUAGCCUGUGUUCUUAUCCAAUAUGCCAAAUGCCUAGCGGUCUGAAAACCAUCCUUCCACGAGGUUGUUAUCUUCCUGCUCUUUCUCCCAGACUUGUUCUUUCCUUCUAGAAAGGUUUAGGAGCUUUGGGCAUGAGAGAGGAGAGCAAGCAGGAGGAUUGGGAGGGUAAGGGGAGUGCGAAGAAGGGAUUUGAAGGAGACAGUGGGGAAGUCUUGAGGGGUUUCUCUAGACCCAUAGGGGGCAGCCGGAGUCGGCUACCGGAGGUGCGGGGGCGGAGAAAGAAUGGGGACCAGCCCCGCGGGGGGGCGAUGCGGUAGCUGCAGCGGCGGCCGCAGGAGUUUCCCACAAUGCAGCGCGGCGCGCUGUCCCCGGUGCUGAUGCUCAGCGCUGCCCCGGAGCCUCCGCCGUGCCCGCCUCCCGCCCUUUCCCCGCCGGGCCCCAGCCCCCGCCAUGGGUCGGCUCGGUCCAGUCCUGCCCCAGAGCCGUCGGGGGGCCUGGGUGCGGCUCUCGACAGCAGCCUGCGGGCCGCCGUGGCGUUUAAGGCGGAGGGUCAGCGCUGCUACCGAGAGAAGAAGUUCCGGGAAGCCAUCGGCAAGUAUCAUCGGGCACUGCUGCAACUGAAGGCGGCGCAGGGGGCCCGCCCUGGAGGCCUGCCCGCUCCCGCCCCCGCCCCCGGGCCCGCCACCAGCCAAGGGCCAGCCCGCCUCAGCGAGGAGCAGCGGCGCCUGGUGGAGAACACGGAGGUGGAAUGUUAUGACUCUCUCACUGGCUCUGCGAGUGUCGGUCGUGGUGCCCCCGCAGCCUGCCUGCUGCAGUCGGAGCUGGUGAACUACGAGCGGGUGCGCGAGUACUGUCUCAAGGUGCUGGAGAAGCAGCAGGGCAACUUCAAGGCGACCUACCGCGCCGGCAUUGCCUUCUACCACCUGGGCGACUAUGCACGUGCUUUGCGCUACCUGCAGGAGGCCCGCAGCCGGGAACCCACAGGGGCCACUGAAGAGGGAGCACAGCAGGUGCAUGGCACAGGGUGUGGGAGCAGGGGCAAGAUAAGUUUUCCUGCUGAGCAGUUUGGAGGGAACAGGCUUCUUACAGUUAUCACUGGAGGGUAAGAAGUGUGACGGGAGUCUCUGAGAAGAGGCAUUCCUGGCAGAGGGCACAGCAGAUGCAGAAGUGUGGACGUGUGACACGCCCUGCUCUGCUUGCUCGGUUGGGGCUUUGGGAGAAGGGCUCUGGCUCUACCAGCCGUGGCGGGGUGGGCCGCCGAAGGCCGGGGACCAUGAAGUGUGAGCCGAGGUGGUGCAGAUGUCACCUGCUGCCCCGGGACACGCAGAUAAUGCCCUGCCCAC